AUGGCUCUUGCGCAGCAUUCCGACUCGCCUACGUCCAUAGUAGUUCAUUCAAGUAGUGAGGAAUGCCCCGCUACGACGUCCUCAGCAUAUCCAGGAACAGUGGAUCCAUCUAGAGGUGAAGUUGGCGACUGGGACUUCCCCAGUAUAUGUGCCCUGCCCCUCCGAGAAAGCCAAGCAAUUCCACGGCGAACUUCGCGAGACAAUCCUGCUGCAAGGACUGAAACCCAUAGUCCUGACGGGGCGGAACCACUACAUAGCCCAUGGUUUCAUCUUUUCGCAAAUGCUUCGUUUGAUCUCCAAAAGGCAUGCUGUUUUGGAUCAUAUGCUGCUGGGCCAGGGAAUGGGAUACCUCCUGAAAGCCCACUUGCGCAGAAUUCUUCCGUUCCAGUUGUCCAAGAUCCUCCUUCAUCAAUCGUAGAAGACGGCGCAAACUACCAACAGCAGGCUUCCAUUGCAUACUGUAUUCCUGUUGAAACACGCUAUACCCCUGGAAUCCCUAUCGGAGCUUCAUCAGCUGGGGCGCAAGGCCCCAAUGCUGUCGUCACAACAGUUCCCUCUAAUUCUCUUUUCGAAGCCUUCCCUAGUGCUUUGCAACUACUAACAGCGGGCUACUCGCCGCUGACAUGCCCAGACAAGAGGCAAGAAGGAGCCUUGCUACCAUCUGCACGAGAGCCAGCAUUCGAGGUGGGGAAAAGGUGCGAUGGUGAAUCUACCUGGCCAAGUGGACACUUCUUUAUUUCGCAGUCCAUAGGUUGCGCCGGCUUCGGACGGCGUAUGAGCCCUGCAGCAACUGUGGCUCGUACGGGAGUACCUGUAACGAAGCACUUUGACCCACUACGCCCAUCACCUUUCGAUAUGUCUAAGUUCGACAGGCGAGACCCUUAUUUUCACUUUUAUAUACCUGUGGACUGUCCGUUCGGCACCAGAUGUUGCGACGGUGCUUGCCCACUGGCGCACACCAAGCUCGAGAAGAUAUUUCAUCCUACUGUGUACAAAAAACAGAGAUGUCAAAUGGUUCAGAUGACUCAGAGUGGUAGAUGCCAAUAUACUCACAAGUGUGCCUUUUUCCACGCUGAAGAAGACAGACAAGAGGCUGAGCACCACUGGAAGCUAUGGGAAUCUACAUGGGCAUCGUGGAGACAGCAUAUCGAUCAGCUAUUACUCUGUCAUCACAAGCUGGAGAAAGAAAUACGACGAAAAGUCGAAGGAAUAGCCAAAAUCAGGAUGCCGAGAUCAGCUAUAGGAGAUGCAGUAGGAAGAAGCACAGGAAACGCUGGGGCACUGAUCGGAUGCAACAAUCAGCAAGAAUCCACCAACAUCCACAAGAGCUCCCGAGCUCUUAGGCCUAACAUGAAAGGAUCAAGGACGGGGUCGAUUGUGUCCCCUUCAUUACGAAAAAUGAAAACGGGCGGAUUUGCAGAGGAUGGCACCGUUGGAACUCGCGCAUCUAGCAAGUGUGCCUUAGAUGCAGUAGAUCAUCCAUCGGAGCCAGCAAUGGAAACCGGAGUUGCCGCUCAUGGUACACUGACCGAUUGCCAAAGUCCUGCAAUACAACUGGUAAAUGCCCCUGUUCAUGAUGGCCCCAAUUGGAUGCACAAAGUAGUUGUAGACAGUGGGAGAGACUUCCACCAGUACAGGCUAAGCAGCACUACACUAGCUUCCUCGAAGUCCUCCAAAAGAUGCUUCCUAUCAGCAGUGAGUAAACAGGUGUUACCCACCGGGAACACAACCCUGCGAUCUUUUUGUGCAUUGGUGUCAAGUCCAGAGCUCGUGACACAAAAUGGUGUUGACAUCUGUCCAAUUGCCGACCAGUGGCGCCCCAGGAAUGCAUUUUGGAGCAAAGCCGCUCACGAGGGCGACAACCACCACUCUGAUUACACCGUAUCUAACUGCACUUCUGAACCAAGCGAAGGCCAUGGACCAGCUUUACUGAUCGAAGAAAAAGUGCCAGCACGUGCUCUAACAACAGUAUUAUUGCGUUCUGGAGAGAAAGACUUGGGCACAGCACCUCUAUCCGGGUCGCAUCAGUCUGCCAAUUCCUCUGCCCUCCACGCCAUAGUAGCUACCAAGACGCCAGAUGGUGUUACUUAA